UCAAACUUCAAAGCUUCAAAGUUCAAAGUGGCAGGGUUUAUGACCUCCACUUCCAUCACCAUUCUCAAUCUCUCUCUAUUUCCUCUCAUGCUCUCACUCUUCUCUGCUUCACCACCACCACCAUAACCACCACACUCACUUGUGCUUGUGUUGCAACUCAAAUAAAGCCUUUUGUGUCACUGCAGCCACCAAACUGGGGAGGCUUGUAGGUGUCAUUGCAGCCAUGGGGGUCUCUUCCCAGAGCACCCCUUUCAGACCACCUUACUACUGCCCUUCUUGCUUCCGCUUCUCACUCUCCUCUUCCCGCCCUUUCCUUCUUCCUCUCUCUUACAGGUCCUUUUCUGCUUCAUCUGGUUCACUCCACCCCAGCAGAAGAAAAAUCCAAUCAAUCCAGGUUGCUAAUGACGUCCUCCACAAUAGCACUGGGUCUGUUAAUUGUCUUCAAUCUAGAGAAGUUUCAUACUGUCUAAAGAGACCAUCCUUUGGGUUGAAUAAAUUCAAUGUCAUGCGGCAUAACCAUAAUUCUCCAGUACAUAUUUCAGCUAUGAAAUUUUCAACUACAUCAUGUAGCAUGUUGGAGGAAAAAAAUCAAAUGACAGCAGGAGAAAAUUUGAGUUCGUAUUCCUAUGAAAAACAAGUUAAGAUGAUGCGUGGUGGGGAUGAAUUAGGCUGGGCUAUGCGUGUUAAUGAUUUGUCUAAAAGAAAAAAGGAAGUGUGUGCUCUGAACCCACGUUGUUCUUAUCCAUCUAAUACAACUGCUUCUGAUGAUCAGAAACAUGUUUCUAAGAAGAGGGGGCACAAUCUUAUGCUGCAGGAUCUUGGUGUACCUGCAUCAUCUUCUGUUGAACGUUCUAUAUUAAACAACUCGAAUGCAUUGAUAGACACGGAAAGAGUGAGCACCCAGUCAAAUGAAUCUUCAUUAAAUAUCAGUGAAGAGAAAGUUGAUGGAGUUAAUGGCAAUCACUGUUUGGAUACGAGUACAACUACAAAAGAUGCAACUAAUGCAACAACUGUAACGAACGCACGGAGUGCUGAUCAAUCUAAACUUCGGGAUAAGCUCUGUAGUAUCUAUGAAGACAUAUUGGUUGUUGAUAAUGUUUCUCUUGCAGAGGAUGUUGCUAGGAUGCUUACAGUAAAUUACAGGCAUCUUAUUCAUGCAUGUGAUACAGAGGUGGCCAAGAUAGAUGUCAAAAAAGAAACACCAGUAGAUCAUGGGGAAAUCAUAUGCUUCAGUAUUUAUUCGGGUCCAGAAGCUGAUUUUGGAGGUGGAAAGUCCUGUAUCUGGGUAGAUGUUCUUGAUGGUGGAGGCAGAGAGAUAUUAAAUAAGUUUGCUGAAUUUUUUCAAGAUCCGUCCAUAAAAAAGGUAUGGCAUAACUAUAGCUUUGACUGUCAUGUUAUACAAAACUAUGGAUUCAAGGUUUCUGGAUUUCAUGCUGACACAAUGCACAUGGCAAGACUAUGGGAUUCAUCAAGACGUUGGGUUGGUGGUUAUUCUCUUGAAGCACUUACAAGUAACAAAGUGGUCAUGUCAAGGGCUAAGCUGAACUGUGAAAAGGAUUUGAUCGGUAAGGUGUCAAUGACAAAUAUAUUUGGUCUGAAAAAGUUUAAGAAAGAUGGAUCUGAGGGUAAAAUGACUACCAUUGCUCCUGUGGAAGUGCUGCAAAGAGAGGAUCGUAUACCUUGGGUAUGUUAUUCAGCCUUAGAUGCUAGAAGCACUAUGAAGCUUUAUGAGAGCCUUAAGGGUCAUCUAUCAGAUAUGGACUGGAAAAUUGAUGGAGCACGUGUUUUACACAAAAACAUGUAUGAUUUUUAUGAGGAAUAUUGGCAGCCAUUUGGUGAGCUUCUAGUAAAAAUGGAAUCUGAAGGAAUGCUAGUUGAUCAGUCAUAUCUUCAAAACAUAGAAAAGGUGGCCAAGGCAGAGCAACUUGUAGCGGUUAAUCGAUUUAAAAAAUGGGCAUCUAAGUAUUGUCCUGAUGCCAAGUAUAUGAAUGUUGGAAGUGAUGCUCAGUUGCGUGUCCUUCUCUUUGGUGGCACUGUGAACAGUAAAAACCAUGAUGAGGCAAUUCCAACUGAGCGGAUUUUCAGAAUUCCCAAUGUUGAUAAAGUGAUUGAAGAAGGCAAGAAGGCUCCCACUAAAUUUCGUGAUCUGAAGUUGCAUAGCAUUGGCUGUAACCUUAGAACUGAGAUGUACACUGCUAGUGGUUGGCCCUCAGUUAGUGGUGAUGCUUUAAAAGCCCUGGCUGGCAAAGUUUCUGCUGAAUAUGACUUUAAUGAGGCUUGUAACUUUGAUCUUGAUGAUGAAGAUGGAAAUCCUUCUCAAUUUGAAGUUGAACCUGUAGAAAUAGACCAAUCUGCUUAUGGAACAGCCUUUGCUGCAUUUCCAACAGAGGAAGAAGGGAGAGAAGCUUGUCAUGCACUUGCUGCUUUACGUGAUGUCUGUUCAAUUGACUCUUUGAUCUCUAACUUCAUCCUUCCCCUGCAGGGACAUAAUAUAUCAGGAAAGGAUAACCGUGUUCAUACUUCCCUCAAUCCCAACACAGAGACUGGGCGCGUGUCAGCAAGUAGGCCAAGUCUGCAGAAUCAACCUGCUUUGGAGAAGGACAGAUACAAAAUCCGUCAAGCAUUCAUAGCUGCUCCUGGAAAUUCUCUUAUAGUUGCUGAUUAUGGACAGCUGGAACUUAGGAUUCUCGCUCACCUUGCUGAUUGUAAGAGCAUGUUGGAAGCCUUUGAAGCUGGUGGAGAUUUCCAUUCAAGAACUGCAAUGAAUAUGUACCCAUAUAUUCGUGAAGCAGUUCAUGAAAAGCAAGUGCUUCUUGAGUGGUAUCCUCAACCUGGUGAAGACAAGCCCCCAGUUCCUCUUCUGAAGGAUGCCUUUGCUUCGGAAAGAAGGAAAGCCAAAAUGCUUAACUUCUCAAUUGCAUAUGGAAAGACCCCAAUUGGGCUUUCUAAGGAUUGGAAGGUUCCUGUCAAAGAUGCUAAGAAAACACGUGACCUUUGGUACAAUGAUAGAAAAGAAGUGUUGAAAUGGCAAGAGGAACGUAAAAGAGAAGCUUGUGAAUACCACUGUGUUUACACUCUGCUUGGCCGAGCCCGGCGGUUCCCUUCAGUAGAUCUAGCUACCAACUACCAGAAAGGUCACAUUGAACGAGCUGCUAUAAAUACUCCAGUGCAGGGUAGUGCAGCAGAUGUUGCCAUGUGUGCCAUGUUACAAAUAGCCAAUCAUAAACAGUUGAAGGAGCUUGGAUGGAAGUUACUUCUUCAGGUUCACGAUGAAGUCAUAUUGGAAGGGCCAACAGAGUCGGCUGAGGUUGCAAAGGCCAUAGUUGUCGAGUGCAUGUCAAAACCCUUUAAUGGCAAGAACAUUCUUAAAGUCGCCCUCUCUGUGGAUGCCAAGAUUGCUCAAAACUGGUAUGCUGGAAAAUAGAUUUCAGCCACACAGCAUGAAAGGCUGCAAAAGAAUUUGGGAGAUGUUUUCUCAUUCAGAUAGAAUUUGAUGCUUGGUUUCUUUGGUGACUGUAAUCAAAAGAAGCUGCUACUUGAGGUGCUUUCUAUUUUCCCUGGAAAAAGUGAUGCCCUUGUUGAAGUCAUGUGCAUUGUGAUUUAUUUAGUGAGCAUAGUAUUUUUAACUAUGAAGGAGCCCAGGGCCAAAAUCACUUUGUGAGGUGUAUAUCUCUUUGUUUUGAUGUGUAAAUAUACACAUUUCAUGUCCUACAGCAUUGUGUACCAACGUGGACUCUUGGCUUGAUACAAGCAACUGUAUCAUUGUGUAUAAAAUGGAUCCUGAAUUUCUAUCUCAUUUGCCAACGAUUACAGUUGGUUGCAUACUUAUAUCUCUGGCGAAUGUAUGCAUUAAUAAGAACAAUGCUCGUUAAUACGAAUGCGAAAACUUGUUUUCUUACA